CCUUCACUUCACACUUCACACCUCACUCCGUCAAAAAUGGCGUUCGCUGUUCGGAAGGCCACAACCUUCCUUGUGAAGCGCAUGCAUUUGCGGCCCGUGAGGAAGAUACAAUUUGUGUUUGACCCUUACUUGAAAUCAUCUGCAUCUGUCAGGGAUGUGGCAACUGUUCUUCACUUACCCAAUGUCUUGGAAACUAACCAAGGAACACAGUUCAAAUUUGACAUCAAGGCAGACAGGAGUGAGCCACAAAUGCACGUAGAAUUCAAUGACGGCCAUCAGGUUUUGUUCAAGACCAUGAAUUUGACAAAACUGGAGAUCUUAGACUAUCUGUUUGAGUAUGUUGAUGAGAAGGACCUGAAAAAGAACGAGAGCCCAGAGCUGGUCACAAAAAGUGCAAAGGUCAAAGGCAAAGGCAAGAGGAGAUAGCGAGAGCUGUAAUUUCUGGAGGGACUUCCUACAUGCCCCUGUUUUUAUCGUUUUUAAGACUUGUUUUUCAAAGGUCCUUAGAUAAUAUACACUAUAAUAUAAUAUCUGAGUUGAAAAGAUCAACUUCAUUCAACUUAGCUUCAAAGUCCUUUUCAUUCAGAAGGAGAUAUUGUAUGUGCUUCAACAAUUUUGGAGUCGAUUUGAUUGGCAUGACACCAGAUAUUUUGACUGUGAUAAGUCAUGCAAAAUAGCGUGUAUUUUGACUACGCUGGAGUGGGAUGGGUUGUCGUAAAGCAUUUUGUAUUUUGACUGCUAAGGUAAGACUGCCUGUUUGUUUGUUUGAGUAAAAAGAAGCACAUUACAGAAAUAAAAGAAGUCAUUUAUUUUGUGCAGGGAAAAAGUGAAAGUGAAAGAAAGAAAACAACAGAGGGAAAGUAAAGGUGUAGGACCUACCACUACUACCAGUCAUCGUCACAGUUUAGACAUAAUGAUUUUGUGUAGACGCUGCAGGAAUAGGGUGGUUGUUAAUAUGCUUGUUUGUGUAUAAAUAUAUAUAGUGACUGUUUGAGUUUGGUGUAAGUCUGUAAGACUGCAUUAACACCAUUUUGAAAAGUGACGUAUGACAGUUUUACGUGAGUGGUCUGAAUAUACUGUUAUAUUAUUUGUACCCGUGGGAUGCGUCGUGAAAGAUUCUAAAAAUUACUAGAAUCUAGCGCUUGGUAGUAAGUGUGUGACUCUGCUGCUGUGUUGUUGUGCAUGGUUGUGUUGGAUGGUACAUAGUAACAUCAUACAUUUUAUCAUACGGUUUCAUUGCAUUGAACUGACUGAAAAUAUGUGUACUGAAAGUGAAAGUGUUUUCUUUGGUUCACAGUAUUGUUAGAUCAGAAAUAAAGUUUUCAACUUAUGGAAUGAUAUAUAUAU